AUGACUCUAAAACCGCAAAACGACAGUGUAGCAGCUGAGGUAAAUAUGACGCAGGUCCAUCAGGAGUGGAGGCCCAAAGUGAUAACGAAGGAGCCCAGUAAUGAUCCACCAAAGCUCCAACGGUCACCUGCAACAACAGGACAAAAGAAAGAGGAAAAUAAGGAGAAGAAGAGAAAAGUGAAACCGUACAUCACAGAGAAAUCAGUGAAUCCGAUGACGAUACAGAAUAGAUAUGCCUUGUUGUCUAAUGACAUAAUAAAACAUAUUCCGUUCAACCCAAAUACUCUGUUUUUCAAAUCUCUUCAUGGUAUCAGAGCUCCAGGGAGUAGAUCCAUGGAUUCUCUAGCUCUAACGUCUUACACACCUGCUCCACAGAGUGUCUCUAGUGUAGUCACGGUCAAGCUUUCAGAAGAGACCUAUCUCCUCUGGAAAUUCCAGUUCGAGAUCUACCUCACCGGUCAAGGGCUUCUAAGCCUUGUCGAUGGCUCUAAUCCACCGCCGCUAGCUGUCAUUCAGGUACCAGGAAUCAACGGUCAGACAACAGAGAUUCCAAACCCAGAUUAUCACUCUUGGCUCAAAAUAGAUCAUGUAGUAAAGUCAUGGCUCAUUGGAUCCUUCUCUCACGAUGUAUUGGCUCUUGUCAUCUCUUGUGCUAUGACUCGCGACAUGUGGCUUACGGUGGCGAAUCACUACAAUAAAGUUUCAGCUGCUCGUCUCUAUGAUCUUCAAUGUCGACUCCAAGUGGUGUCAAAGAACGGCAGACCUAUGGCUGAGUUUCUGAAUGAGAUCUCCACCAUCUGUUCUCUUCUCCAGUCCGUAGGUCAUAUUGUACCUGAGCAAAUCAAGAUAUUUACAGCUCUGAAGGGUCUCGGCCAAGAGUAUGAGUCGGUAAAGGCUAGUAUAGAAGGCGAUAUGGAUAAGAUUCCACCUCCUACCUUUCUUGGUGUUGUACCUCGCUUGAUGAGUGCAGAGUCGCGAGUUCAGUUUUACAAUGCUGGAGCUACUGUCACUCCUCAUCUUGCCUUCAAUACUAUGCAGGCCAACUACAGCAGCAGAGGUCGUGGACAGUCUUAUGGCCGAGGUAGCAGAGGUCGUGGAGCUUUCACUACCAAAGGUCGAGGCUUUCCUCAACAGCUGGGAUCUAUUAGAGGUCAGACGACUCAAACUGACUCUGAACCUAAGCUGCCGUGUCAGAUUUGCGGAAAGAAAGGGCAUCGAGCUUUGUCAUGUUGGCACAGGUUUGACAAUGCUUAUCAAGAAGAAGAUAUUCCCCAAGCCAUGGCUGCUAUGAGGAUUACAGACAUUACAGAUCAGACGGGUCAUGAGUGGUAUCCAGACACUGGUGCAAGUGCACAUGUAACGAGCUCUGUGUCACACCUACAGCAGUCACAACCGUAUAUGGGUAAUGAUUCGGUAAUGAUAGCUGAUGGUAACUUCUUGCCGAUUACUCAUACUGGAUCCACAGUCAUUGGCUCUUCUAUAGGUAAACUUCCACUUAAAGAUGUUCUAGUUUGCCCUGAUAUAGCUAAAUCUCUACUCUCUGUGUCAAAAGUUACUAGAGAUUAUCCGUGUACCUUUAAGUUUGAUUGUGAUGCGGUGAUUGUUAAGGACAAGGAAACCAAGAGGUUGCUUAUGCUGGGAAGAAAUAAUGAAGAGGGUUUGUACAAGCUGAAAGAUACCAAACCUGAGGUCUUCUUCUCGUCUCGACAACAAGCAGCUUCAGAUUUGGUAUGGCAUCGGAGGCUAGGUCAUCCUCAAGCUCAAGUUCUACAACACCUCUCCUCUAUUGAAGCUAUUUCAAUAAAUAAACACACUAAUCUCGUCUGUGAGUCGUGCAGUCUUGGGAAAAGUGCUAGAUUACCGUUUAGUUCAUCUGAUUUUGUUGCCUCUAAGCCAUUACAGAGAAUUCAUUGUGAUCUCUGGGGACCUGCUCCUGUAGUUUCAGUUCAAGGGUUCCGUUAUUAUGUAAUUUUAAUUGACAAUUGGUCAAGAUAUUGCUGGUUCUAUCCUUUGAAAUGCAAAUCAGACUUUGUUUCUGUCUUUAUCUCGUUCCAAAAUCUGGUCGAGAACCAGUUUAAAGAGAAAAUUGGUACAUUUCAAAGUGAUGGAGGAGGUGAGUUCAUUAACACAAAGUUGCUGCAACAUCUACAAUCGUGUGGCAUCCAACACUUGGUGUCUUGUCCUCACACUCCACAGCAGAACGGUUUGGUGGAAAGAAAGCAUAGAUAUCUUACUGAAUUGGGAUUGUCAAUGUUGUUUCAGAGAAAGAUGCCUUCUAAAUAUUGGGUUGAGGCAUUCUUUACAGCGAAUUACUUGACUAAUCUACUUCCUACAACAGCUCUGCAAAACAAAGAGUCUCCAUAUCAGAGGAUGUUUGGGAUUUCUCCUAUGUACACAGCAUUGCGUACCUUUGGCUGUGCUUGCUUUCCCACACUAAGAGAUUAUGCUGAUCAUAAAUUUGAUCCGAAAUCUUUGAAGUGUGUUUUCCUUGGUUAUUCGGCUAAGCACAAGGGUUAUCGCUGUUUGUAUCCACCUACAGGCCGAGUAUACAUCAGUCGUCAUGUGCUAUUUGAUGAGGCUGUGUUUCCGUUCAGUGAAGAGUAUCGUUCUCUCCAUCCACCUGCAGCUUCAACUCUUACAAAGGCAUGGUUGCAGAGUUUUGUACCGACACCGACACCUACAAGAUCAGAUCCAAUUCCAGUUCAGAUAGUCAGCUCUAAUGAAUCUCAGCCGACUGCUUCAGAAGCACCAGGUUCUGACACAGAGAAUACUCAGUUGCCACCAUCAACAUGUAAUGAUUACAUGCCUGACGUACAGACCACGUCUACCACAUUGGAGGAUUCAUGUUCUGGGCGUACGCCAAGCUUAGAUCUUGCUGCUAUAGGUGACAGCGUGAACUCCUCUAAUGGUGGGACAGAUGAAUCUGUGUCUCAGGCUAAUACUACUGCAGCAGAAAGAGAGCCUGCAUCUACACCAGUCCCGCCGAAGACUCAUCAAAUGGUGACUCGGUCUCAAGUUGGGAUUAGAAAACCGAAUCCUAGAUACGUGAUAUUAACUCACAAAGUUAAAUAUCCGAGACCACGUACAGUGGCUGAAGCUUUGAAGCAUCCAGGGUGGAAUGGAGCUAUGACUGAGGAAAUAGACACUUGUGGUAUCACUAGAACAUGGUCAUUAGUUCCUUAUACGCCUGAUAUGAAUGUAUUAGGGAGCAAAUGGAUCUUCACUCCUAAAAUCAAAUCCGAUGGAGAUCUAGAGAGACGUAAAGCUAGAAUCGUGGCUCAAGGGUUUGAUCAGGAGGAAGGCAUAGACUAUCUCGAAACUUAUAGCCCAGUGGUGAGAUCUGCAACAGUAAGAGAAGUUCUCCAUUUAGCUACGGUGAUGGAUUGGUCAAUAAAGCAAAUGGAUGUUAAAAAUGCUUUCUUACAUGGUGAACUUUCAAAGAGUUUUGGGUCCACUUGCAGUGUUAAGGAUCCAUCUAUGUUCAUAUACAUAAAGAACAAAGACAUCAUCAUCUUGUUACUUUAUGUAGAUGACAUGGUGAUCACGGGAAAUGAUUCAGCAGUGAAGGAGAAGUUUCUUAAUGAACUUAAAACUCAGUUUAUGAUGAAGGAUCUAGGACGGAUGGAAUACUUCUUGGGUAUACAGGCGCAAUUUCAUCCAGAGGGGCUGUUCUUAUCUCAACAGAGGUAUGCUGAAGAUCUCUUGGUAACUGCGGCUAUGAGUGAUUGUGCUCCAAUGCCAACACCUUUGCCAUUGCAACCUCAUCGUGUACCGGCACAGAAUGUGAAGUUUGAGGAUCCUAAAUACUUUAGGAGUCUUGCAGGCAAGUUACAAUACCUCACACUCACAAGACCUGAUAUAAAAUUUGCGGUUAACUUCAUCUGUCAGAAAAUGCAUUCACCUGCAGUUUCUGAUUAUAACUUGCUGAAGAGGAUACUGCGUUAUGUCAAAGGCACAAUUACAAUGGGAAUCAACUUCAAUAAAGCUUCUGAUUUUACAUUACAAGCUUACUGUGAUAGCAAUUAUAAUGGAUGUCCUAUCACUAGAAGGUCUACAGGAGGUUACUGUACUUAUUUGGGUUCUAAUCUCAUCUCGUGGUCAUGUAAGAAACAAGAAGUUGUGGCCAAGAGUUCUACAGAGGCAGAGUAUAGAGCUAUGUCUGAUGCAGCUUCAGAGAUAACUUGGAUCGGAGCUGUUCUGAAAGAGUUAGGGGUACCACUGAUGAAGACUCCACUUCUGUAUUGCGACAAUCUCUCCGCCGUCUACCUGACUGCAAACCCUGCAUUCCACGUCAAGUCCAAGCACUUUGAAACUCACCAUCACUAUGUGAGAGAACGAGUGGCUUUAGGGCUCCUAGAGGUUAAGCACAUUGCAUCUCAUCUACAGAUAGCUGACAUCUUCACUAAGUCAUUGCCAGUUGCUGUAUUCACCUCACUAAGAUACAAACUUGGUGUGGAUGUGCCUCCUACACCGAGUUUGAGAGGGGCUGAUAUGACUCUAAAACCGCAAAACGAUAGUGUAGCAGCUGAGGUAAAUAUGACGCAGGUCCAUCAGGAGUGGAGGCCCAAAGUGAUAACGAAGGAGCCCAGUAAUGAUCUACCAAAGCUCCAACGGUCACCUGCAACAACAGGACAAAAGAAAGAGGAAAAUAAGGAGAAGAAGAGAAAAGUGAAACCGUACAUCACAGAGAAAUCAGUGAAUCCGAUGACGAUGCAGAAUCGAUAUGCCUUGUUGUCUAAUGACGUAAUAGGUGAUGUCUAG